AUGUCUUUCUCGAAUAACAAAAAAGAUUUGAUUCGAAUUACAGAAGAUCGAAAGUUUCAAAAAUUUGAUUAUGAUACAUUUGAGGAUAUUGAACUAAUUAUGAGGGGAGGAUUUGGUGCAGUCGAUUGGGCCUAUUCGAAAGAUUUAAAAAAUUAUGCUGCAUUAAAAUAUUUGUACGAUGAAAAUAAAAAUAAUUUUUAUAAAGAGUUACAAAAUGUUAAUGGAUUAAAUCACCACAAAAAUAUUAUUAAAUAUUAUGAGUCAGUAUCGCAUUCAAAGAAAGUUUUAGUUCAUGACGGAAGAUUAUUAAUUACAGAUUUAAGCUUAUCUCAACCAUUAGAUACCAAUUCUAAUUCCUUAACGAGAGGAACAUUUGCGUACACAGAUUCUGAAUAUUUACGAUAUCAUAUAAUACCAUCCAAAGCAAAGACCAAUUAUAGAAAAUAUUGUGAUUCCUUUUCAAUUCGAAAAACAUAUUCUAACGAAAAUAAUCAAUCUAUCCAAAUAGAAGUUUAUGUUGAUAAUCAAUUAAAUGAAUCUAAAUCUAUGGUACCUUACAAUAGAGAUUCUAGAUCAGUGAUGCAAAUUGAAUCAAAUAAUCAAAUUUCUUUCGAAACUUCAAUCGGUCAAGUAAAUUUAGAAAUCACAGUCUUUUCAGUUCUAGGAAAUCCUUGGGAAUCAUCAACUCUUUCUCUCAAUUCUUACGAUCAAGGAUGGCUUAACAAUGAACUUGAAAAUAUGGAUAUAAUUGAAAGAAUUCACAAUGUUACAUCAAUGAAUGAUAAAACGAAUAUGACUUUAAAAUCUAUUAUUGUUAAUUCCGUGGAAUUAUUUGAAUUAUUUGUUAAUGAGGGAAAUAGAAAAAUUCCAAUUCAAGAAACACCUCAAAUUUAUGUUAAGAUCUAUCUAUCAAGAUUGUUGGAGUCAAGACCUGGAUCAAAGUAUCUUGAACAUGUCGCAAUAGUUGAUUCUUCAUCAAUUAUUAACUAUCACCAAUUGCAUACAAAUUCACGCCACGGGUCAAAUAUCUUAAAAAUAUCUGCUAUAAGUCGCCCCGAGACAGAAGAGGCUACAAAACCUCGAGUCACGUGA